GGCAUUACUUUGGCACUGGUGCCUGAAGUGGGAGGACAAAGCAGAGCCCACAAAUGUGCAGAGUGAGGCUCAGAGUAUAAAACUGUUAGGUGCCUCGGUGAGCCAGCACUAUCUCCCCUGAAGCACUGUCCCUUUCUGUAGGGCCCUGCAAGUCUUUAUCAGCUGCCACCCUCUGCCACCGGGAAGCCAGCUGCAGCCUUUAAAGAAAACUGAACACCUCCUGCCACUUAAAAUCAAACACUACCUAAAAUAAAGAUAGAGCCAGAGGAAGAGGUAGCCAUGGAGGACAGACCCUCUAUGGUGAAAGUGGACAGGGGUGAGAACCAGAUUUCACCAUGUCAAGGGAGAAGGUGCUUCCCCAAGGCUCUGGGCUAUAUUACCGGAGAUAUGAAGGAAUUCUCGAACUGGUUUAAAGACAAGCCUGUGAUCCUCCAGUUUGUCGACUGGAUUCUUCGGGGCAUAUCCCAAGUGGUGUUCGUUAGCAACCCCAUCAGUGGGAUCCUGAUUGUGGUGGGACUUCUGGUCCAGAACCCCUGGUGGGCUCUCAGUGGCUGUGUGGCAACAGUGGUCUCCACCCUAAUGGCCAUCUUGCUCAGCCAGGACAGGUCAGCAAUAGCAGCUGGGCUCCAGGGCUACAAUGCCACCCUGCUGGGAAUACUCAUGGCUGUCUUUUCAGACGUGGGAGACUAUUUCUGGUGGCUGUUACUCCCUGUAUCUUCUAUGUCCAUGACUUGUCCAAUUUUCUCAAGUGCAUUGAACUCUUUGCUGGGCAAAUGGGACCUCCCUGUCUUCACCCUCCCUUUCAACAUGGCAUUGUCCAUGUACCUUUCGGCCACAGGACAUUACAAUCCAUUCUUUCCGGGCAAAUUGUUCACACCUGUAAGCUCCAUUCCAAAUAUCACCUGGUCUGAUCUCAGUGCUCUGGAGUUAUUGAAAUCUGUGCCAGUGGGGGUUGGUCAGAUAUAUGGCUGUGACAACCCAUGGACUGGGGGCAUUUUCCUAUUCGCCAUCCUAGUUUGCUCCCCGCUCAUGUGCCUGCAUGCUGCAAUCGGGUCUCUGCUGGGCAUAGUGGCAGGACUCAGUCUUUCAGCUCCAUUUGAAGACAUCUAUGCUGGACUCUGGGGUUUCAACAGCUCUCUGGCCUGCAUUGCAAUGGGUGGAAUGUUCAUGGCACUCACCUGGCAAGCCCACCUCCUGGCUCUUGGCUGCGCCCUGUUUACUGCCUACCUGGGAGUCAGCAUGGCAAACCUUAUGGCUAAGGUUGGACUACCAGCUUGUACCUGGCCCUUCUGUUGGGCAACACUACUUUUCCUCUUGAUAACCACAAAAAACCCCAACAUCUACAAGAUGCCCCUCAGUAAACUCACUUAUCCUGAAGAAAACCGCAUCUUCUACCUACAAGCCAAGAAAAGGAUGGCUGAAAGCCCUUUGUGAAAACAACCUUUAUCCACAGCUAUGGUCAUGAGUCAUUUCUGACUGACUACUCCAGUUGACUUCCAGGGUCUCAGCAAACUGUUUUUCACUAGUAACAACUUUCAUACUAACCCAUCAACGAUCUGUUCUUAUGCUUAUUUUAUGUUUUCCUUUUUGCCUCCAGGAAUAUCCUCAAGCACAUGGGAGCCACAUCCAGGUGAUGUGCUCCGGCAUGGAAUGUUAAACCCCACUGUGGGAGUUUGCACUAAGACUGUAAUGUACAUAAAGUCAAAAUGCUCUAACAAAAAAAGGAAGUGAGGCCAGAGCUAAUGAUUGAUAUUUAUUGAUAUUCGUGGUGUUUGGUUGGCUAGAUGAUGUCCACAGUAUUAAAAAUUAAAUUAAGCUCUAUAAACCAACUAAGCCUUAGGGAAUUCGCAGUCAAAAAAUCGAAGUCAGCCCAUAAUUCUCAGAUCAGCAAUUUGGCUUUUUAAAAUCAAUGCAAGUUACACAUUACAGCUAAGCUCAGCAUCAUGGGGGUGCAGGCUGAUAGCUGAAGUUGUUCCCCAGAAUGGUCUCCACCCUGUCCCUUGUGUGUAUGGCAUUCUUAUUUAGGAGAUGGUUGGAGAGUUUUCAGAUUGAGAGCAAAAGGGGGUAGAAAGGGAUUUUGUCAGUUACAAAUAUUCUAUCAUUUUACCAGUUUUCUUGGAGAUUACAAAAUAUUUUUUAGGGAAAGUUUUUUUCUUAUGAAAAAAGAUUUUUUUUUCAAUGAAAUAAAAUAAGAGAUGUUCCUGGCCCAACCUAGUCAUUAGCCAUUAAAGAAAAGUUACAUGCUGUAUUAAAGAAAUAUCCAACUUAGCUAUUUUUACUUUAACCCUUAAUUUGAUUUUGUAGAAGCCCAAAUGCACAGAAUCAUCAUCAACCUGGUAGGCCUUUUAGAGUUACAUUUUUAAUUCACUUGACGAUGGGAUGUCUUAUAAAAACUGAAGGUUAAGGCCAGAUUGCUUAUGAGUGUGAUUUUUAGAAAUCGAUGAAUUUCUUACUUUAAAAAAAAAAAACUCAUUAUUUUCUGCACACUCAGAAUAUUUUCUCUCAGAAACCUCUGGUAUUUGAACCAUCUAAAAGAAAGACAGGUAAGGAAUUUUCCUGUUUUCCUCUUUUUAGUAUAAAAAUUAUCAGUUCUAUAAAGAUUCCAUGAUCAAGUGUGCUGAAGAUGGCACCUUAUGCUCCUUACUUCAGUGGGUAUCCACUUAGUAUUCUGGAGGUUGGAAAAGUAAAACUUUGGAAUCCUGAUGAUUUCUUACUUUCUGAGUGUGCAGUACUCAGCAUACAAGAUACUGUUUGCUGAAUGACUAAACAGAAAUAGGGAAGUAAGCCUACAAAUAUUUUAGGGAGAACAUCCAUUUUUUCCUUUUCUUAGGAAAACAGACAAGCAUUGUUCCAAUUUUAAAGCCCCAUGACCAAAGCCUUUUGAAUUAUGAAUUUGCAGCUGUUGUAGGUUUAUAAGAUAGCCCUGUGGAAAAACUAAAUUUUCAGUGUUUGAACUGAAAUCUUCCUUGUUAGGGAAUUGGUGAAGUAAGAGUUGGGGAAAAGAAAACAAAGCAAAAAAGCAUAACCAAAGAUCAGCAGUGAUAACCUGGGCUGUAGCUGAGAGAACUAGAGGACUCUAACAUGGGUCAGCCUGGGUGGACCUUCAGAACAGAGCUCUGAUGUGCGACCGCAGAGUCUUCUUGUGUGCUCACACAGAUUUGUAAAUAGAAACAUUUUAAAACCGUAGUCUGAUUUAAAUGGCAUUAAUUCUCUCAAGCUAUUUUUGUUACUAAGUAUUAUCCUAAAACUGAGUAUUCUUAGGGAGAACUUGUAUUUUGUCUUAUUGUCUAUAUAACAGAUUUCUAGGCCAGCAUAUAAAUAAAUUAUAC